AUGGCAGAUCUCAAUGUCAAGGUUGGACAAAAGGUCGAGACUCAAGACGGCAAGCAAGGCACCGUCCGCUACAUCGGGCAGAUACAUGUUGCCUCGGGGGAAUGGUUAGGCCUCGAACUAGCCGAUGACACUGGCAAGAACGAUGGUUCCGUGAAAGGGGAGCGAUAUUUCAACUGCGCUCCAGGACAUGGCAUCUUCGUCCGCAAGGAGUCGGCUUGGACCCGCAACGAAGCCGAGACCCUCGAGCAUAGCUGCUGCGGACGUGGCAAGAAAGAGGCAGAGUUUGAUGAGCGCCGGCUCCGCAACUACAACAGGCUCAAGGUCGAUGAGGGUAUCUUCUCCGAUCAAAUCUCCUACGAAGCCUGCCCCAUCCUCUGCUACUUCGUCCGCCUCUACCCCAAGAACGGGCACUCCAGCAACUACAGCGCGAACGUCCGAUUCCAGUACGAAAUCGAGGCUGAGUUUGGCCGGGAAAUCUACAAUGGCCCCGCCGGCUUCACGACCAGACCUUCUUCGAUGCAACCACGCUCUUCCAUGGCCGCUUCUCGGUUGUCCAUAAAUCCCAAAGCUCCUCCUCGGCCUGAGAAAACCGAGCCUGUUGCCGAGAGCAUUGGCGCGAAACAAGCACCCCCGGUUGUGGAAGAACAACCGGCACCGACUCCUUCACCGGAUGCUGAAGACGCUGAAGAUCAAGAGCCAUCAAGCAUCGAAGCACGAACCUCAGUAACUGCCACCUCCCGAUCACAGCCACCGGCUGGUUCACGGAAUGGGUUCAGUUCUACUACUGAAGACAGAUCGCGACAGGCACAAGUCAUUAAAGCGCUGGAAACGAAAGUUCGGACAUUGCAGAAGCAGAGGCAGGAGGACCAAGCUCAAAUACAAAGUGUACAGGAACUCCAAAGCCAAGCGACACGCUACGAAGGAAUCAUCCAGACUUUGCAGAAAAGACUCAAAACCAACCAGCAAGAAAUUCAAGAACUCAAAGCCAAAUAUGAGGACGCAGAGGCUCGUGCUACUCAAGUGCCAGACCGUGGUGCCGAACACGACUCAGAACUAGAGCUUGCGACACUUGACAAGGAGAUGGCCGAAGAGCGUGCUGACAUGUUUGAGAGUGAACUGGAGGCAUUGAAGCUCAAGCACGAGGAGUUGGAGCUGGAAGCCGAAAUUCUGAGAGAGGAGAACCGGGAGUUGGCUUCAAUCAUGAGCCCUGAAGAGAAGGCAAGUGCAGGCUGGCUUCAGAUGGAACGAGAGACGGAGAGGUUACGCCAGGCACUGGUCAUGCUCAGGGACGUGACACAGCAAAACGAGGGCGACUUGAGGAACGAAAUCAAGGAGCUCCAUGAAACCAUAGAUGAGCUCGGCCAGACAGCUUCGAAGUAUGACGAGGUUGCGGCGAAGCUCAGCCGGGCGGAAGAAACAAACCAGCACCUCCGAGAACAGCUGGAGGCUGCGGAGGCGAACGACGAAAUCUUGGAUACCCUAGGCCAAGAACGUGACCAGAAUCGAAACUUGAUCGAACAGUUGAAGAGACAGGUUCAGGAUCUCGAGGAACACAUCCAAGUGGCGGACGAGCUCGAGGCAUUCCACGUGGAAGAAGAGAAGCGUUUGCAUUAUCAGUUGGAUGAAAGCGAAGCCAUGCUGCACGACAGACAUCGACAAGCUGCCGAGCAGGAAAAGACAAUCGAAGACAUGGAAUAUACACUAACAAAAUUCCGGGAUGUCGUGCAGGGUCUUCAGAGUGAUAUCGACGAACUCCGGCGUUCACGCGAGAUUAGUGAACUCGAGGCGAAUGAGAUGAGCAGCAAGUCCAGAGCGAUGAUGGAUCUCAACCUCAAGUUACAGAACUCGGCCGCAAAAAGUCAAUUGAAGGCCAUCGACCUCGAGCUUGGUAAGAUGCGCGCUGAGCAAGCUAGUUUACAUCUGGAAAUCGUACAGCACUUCGUCCCAGACACCUUUGACGUCGACAAGAAACCGAUCUUGGCUCUUUUGUGUUUCAAAAGAAUCCGGUCUAAGGCACAGUUGUGCAAAGUCAUCCUGGCGGAUCGAAUGCGUGAUAGGGCAGAGUUGCAUGAGAAUCCCAUGGCAGUGUUUGCCGUUAUGGAGAGGUUGAGCCUCAUUUUAAAUCUCUGUGAGCGGUUCGUGCAACACCUGUCGACAUGUUCAACAGACGACUUCAUGCGAUACGCUGGUGCCCCGUUUGAGCUAGAGCCUGUGGAGCAGGCAAUGACCAGCUGGGUGGAGGCGUUGCGCCGCGAUGAACUCGGUCAUGAAGGUGCCGAGUAUCUCCAACGCAUGGCUGAUAUUUUGGUCGACAUGUCUGAGAAGUUUGUCCCUGACACGCACGAAACUAAAGCAAUGGAGAUGAACUCAUCGAUCUCGAUGAUUGAGAACUACACAGAUAACAUUGCCAGUCGAGCACAGAUUUUGAGCAAAGCAGUGCAAGCCAAGCUAGGGGCGCCGAACGAUGGCGACGAAGAGUCGAUACUGUUCGAAAAGAAAAUGGACCAGCUUGGUAUCAAAGCUCGAACGAUCAAAUAUGUUUCUGGCAAGGUUAUGCAUGCAAUCAGCGAUCUCUGGGCACGCUCAAUGUGCCUGGGCGAGGCUAUGUGGAGUAAAUUCGUUGAAGCUGAGUUGUGCGCCGAAGCACUGUCUCACUUGACCCAAAGAGUUGGGGAAUCCGUGUUCGAGGAACUCAACAAGAUGGAGAUGGAUGAAGCACUCUCAUACUCGAAAAUUAUCACGCUUAUGACCGCGGUCGCAUCUGGAGAGCAACAACAGAAUGAGCCACAAGGAGCUUGCCCUGAUGAUGUCUUCGAGAUUCUGUUGAAGCAAUUACAGGUCCUGCAAGGGAAGAUCGAUGACUUGAAUGCGAAGUCUGCAGAUAUAUCUUGCGCUAUUGAGUUCGAGAAAUUGCCUGCGCCCUGGACGGCUCGCGCUCGUGAAGUCAAGGCACAAAAGGCUUUGUCACAAGACCUGCAGGAGGAGAUGAGUCGCUUGAAAUUGAAAAUCCAAGAACAGACCAUCAGGAUCAGUGAAAAAGACAAAGAACUUGAAGAGCAGCAAGUCAAGGUCGAAUUACUAGAAUCGAGAGCCAAGGAGACCAAGGCCAAGGAUGAAGGGGUGAAAGAAAUGAAAGAAGAGAUCACCAGGCUUCGCGCAGAGAAUGCGGCGGCUAUUGAAAACGUCCAGCGGCUUGAGACGGAAUACCAGACGCUCCUCGAGUCCCAGGAGAGUCAAAAGAUGGAGCUCGAGGCAAUCAAACAUAAGGGAAUGGCAGACGGACAAGGCCUGCCACUUGGGCCUGCAGACGAGUCGGCGACGCUGCGUCUAAAAGCGGAGGUUGAUCAACUCAAGCUGGAGAUUAUCAGUCUGCAAGCAGCAAUACGCUUCCUGAAGUCCGAGAAUCGACGACUCAUGGUACCUGUUGGCGAUUUGGCACAAAAAGCUGUCGAGCAUGAAUGGCUUGAUCCCAACCAUCUCAAGGGACCUUCAAACAAGGACGCCAGGACUCAACAACUGCGUGCCGGUUCGAAGGAGGUGUUUGCGAGCUUGAUGGACAUGGCCAAGACAGCAAAGCCUGUCAGACUCAAGCGAUCUACUACUACCACUCAAGAUAACACUGGGAAGACGUCGUACUGGCGAGCACGCACAGAUACCACAUUGUACCAAGUGCUCCAGCGGAGAGAGGAACUGGAGCGAUGGAAUGAAAUGAAGGAUGACUUGCUUAGGAGAGCGAGGAUCGUGGCUCAGUCGGGCUAUAUCCUCAAGCCAAAAGCGCCGACACCGAAAUACCGUCCAGCUUCUAAAGUUGGCGUCUUCAAGGUGGCCGAUACGGAAGAUGCAAACCCGGAGUUUGGGGUGCGAGUUGAUGGGAUCUGUAUAGUAUGA